GUCUUGUUUACUGGCGAAGAGAGGACAAUCGUAGUUGUCUCAUCAGCUGUCCAUAACUGGAAAGAAAGGACUUUUGUACUGGAUUAGCGUGCCUCUUUGCACUUUACUCAGUUUUCGCAGGGGGACUACCAAUAACCUAGUGUUUACUCUAUUAAGUGUGGUGUAAGGAAGAAAAAUUCUUCAUUUUUUUCCCCUUGGGAGCAUCUCGCCUAGAUCCGUCUCUAACGAGUGGGUCGUUUCAAUAAUGGGUGACGAGCAAGCUGGUCCUUCCAGAAGUAACACAAAGGACACAGAAAGAUCAAACAGCUCAGGAUCAAGUGGGAGUAAGUCGGCAACAGAUAAUGUUACCAAACAAGCUGCAUCACUGUCAACUGAGGAAGCAAAUAGUCACCUUGUAUAUGGCAAUGUGAGAUCUAAUUCACCUACCACACUGACUAGAAACUGCCCUGCUGUAGAUAGAGAAUGUCCGUCUGGCCAUUUUGAGAAUGAUGAUUUAGAGAUGCCAGAAUUAGAGACUCCUAGUCCUGUUCUGGUGCCUUCUCGAUUUCUUUCACCCCCAGUGGCCUUGCAUUAUGAUGAAUCAUUGCCAUUGACUCUACAAAUGCCAGCAAGUAUCAAUGUCAGUGUUAACUUGCAACCUUCAACAUACAAUCUAUCUGGUCCCACAGAUCAAACUGUGUUCCUUGAUGACAGUAUGGAAAGUGGGGAGAGAGAAAUUACCAUAACAAGGAAUCCUUACUUUGAUCCUUCUCUCUCACCUGGACCGGCUGAUGAUUUUCUCUCUCUGGCAUCCUUCAGUAGCCAUGUUGAUGGAUUUCAUUUUGGUAUGGAAGAAGCAACCGCCCCUCCCCUCUGGGUCAACAAUAAUCACGUUGAAUCUUUUUCUCCAGCGACGACAACAACAGCUACGAGCGAUGUUCGCCGCAAAAGACCUAAUUCAACCCAACAAGAUUCAAAUGUGAACGCAUCAAAGACCAAAAAGCAGGCUGAAAAUACUGGCGGAGAACCCGUUCCCGGUCCAUCGGGUUUCGGAGUCGGAAGACUUACCGCUGGUGGUGAUGGCCCAGUGGCUGAUGAUUUACAAUUAGAAUGUCUUACUGACGGCUCUUCGUCUGCCACCGAAUCUGAUGGCGACGAUGAUGAUAGUUGCAUCGAAGUGGUUAGUGUGCGACCAGGAAUUUCACGACAACCCGAAGUAGUUGAUCUUACCAUUUCCGAAGAUGAAACCUCAACCCCCAAUCCCUCAACAUCGUUCGGCUUCUCCCGAUCGGGGAGACAACCAAAAUCGUCGGUAUCUUCAAAGACAAAAGCUGUGCCUAAAGCUGAACCUCCAUCGGCACCUUUACCAGUAGUCACUGGAGAAAAUAAUCACCAACAGGAAUCUGAAGUAAGGCAUGCCUCACCGGCGAUUGUGACAGUUUCACCAUCGUCACCCGUAGGUAGUCGUCCUGGAACUUGGUGUGGAUGUCCAGGGCAAUUCUACGUGGACGGUGGGCGACCACCCCUAGGUGUGGCUUGGCCAACUAAUGCCAACCAACAUCGGGCCCAUUACAUUCCCAAUCAAUCCCUUCGACCCUCGCCGUUGGCUCAUCAUGCCACGGCCUUCUCCUACACACCUCCUCCACCGGCUUAUCAUCAUCCUCCACCGCCGCCCGUCUUGACUCUACGUCUACCGUCAACAGUUCAGACGCACGGUGGAGCUCGUUCGCCCGUCUGGUGGAGUUAUCCCAGUAUGGCAGUCGAAACGAUAGCAACAUCUUCCCCCCAGCAAGUUAUAGCCGAGACAUCUUCUAAUCCGGCCGCGGUACAUCCACCACAACCCAGUCAGCUGGCCGAAGCCCCCGCCCCACCAUCACCAAUAUUCGUUCCUCAGACAACUGCUGGAUAUGGUUUCUACCAUGCAGCACCCGCUUCUGGAGCUUCUCGACCUGUUGAUGGACGCUGCACUAUGCCGCCGGCCAUCGCCCGGAGCUUUAUGCGUAUCCAUCCGAUCCAUCAGAGGAUUUGGCAUUCGCAGCAGCGUUCGCAAGAAGCUCAACGACGCCAUAUGGACAUGGCUCAACGUGUCUCAGCUGGAGAGCCUGUCGAUGUCAGUGGAUCGUCCUCGAUUGCAAACCCUCCGAGGAUGAGUCAAGGCACCCAAAACCAACAACAAUCAUCUGGUUUCUCUGGCCCUCCGCCCGCUUAUCACCCAGUUACAGUUGAUCGUGGCAACAGUCCAUCACCACAGUUUAGGACUGUUCACGCUCCGGACUUGAGUGGCCAUCUGAUGCCGGCCGUCCAGGCGGAAAUUGUUGUCGAAAGUACUCCCGUCAAUUUGGAUCCUCGCCAUCACCAUCACCAUUUGCCUCCUCCACCUGCCUAUGCGUUUGCUCCGUCUUACCACCACCACAUUGCCCACUUUAGUCUGCCCGGCAAUUUGCAUAUCAGUAUAGGUCCGGGCCCAGCGAUCCCGCCGACAGUUCCAGUACCGCCGCCCCCACGUACCAUACCGAUGGAACGCGUCCCACCACCGGCAAUGCCUGGUGUUCAAGGUGCUGCAGCUGUGGAAAUUCAGCCAGCUCACCCACAAGAACCGCCAUAUCACCGUGGCUAUCCACUGUACAUUCACAGCCAGCAACAUGGACCUCACCACCUUCACCACCAUCCUCCCCCUCCGCUGAUCCCAUUAGGCAACAACCCAUUUUUGGCGGGGCCACCAAAUCAUUAUCCAUUCCUACGUCCUUCUACGCGUCUAGAAGAGUACAUGCGAUUGGUGGAACAGCGUCGAAUGGCCCAACUAUCACGUGGGGCGUCGCAAACGUGCAUCGAACGGAAUACGCUGUCUCAUUCUUACAAACGUCUGCUGCGUAGCAACAGCAGCGUCGAUGGCGACGGCCAGGAAGAUAACACGGAAAAGUGCACCAUUUGCCUGUGCGAAUUCGAGGAAGGCGAAGAUGUUCGAAGAUUGCCUUGCAUGCAUUUGUUUCACGUCUCGUGUGUUGACCAAUGGCUUACUACUGUCAAAUUCUGUCCACUUUGCCGCGUCGAUAUCGAAGCCCAAGUCGAAUCAAAAGAGCAAGGGGAUUCUCGCAGCUGGAGCUCGUCUUCGACCGCAGAAGGGGCUGCCCUCCGCAUACCUCCAGAUGCAACCGAGAUGCAGGCCGGAGCUCCAGCCAGCUAAAACAGGACUUUUGCACAUAGGUUAUUCUUCUUUUUUUUUUCAUUGCUAGUUUCUUUCACAAUAUUAUCAUACCAGUUCUGUUUGUUUUGGCAUCCUUCAGUGUAUUCUUGUAGUGGUGUUUAUAUUAAUUGUGUUUUCGUAAAGUUAGCGUGAUCAACGAGUCAGGAGAAAUUGUUUAUGAUCAGUUAAAAACUAGCGUUGGCUGGCUUGGGUAUGCACAUCCAUUGCCAGUGAAAUAAUUCUAUUCUACCUCAAUUUAAUGUAGUAGAAGAAUUCAAGGAAUGAGUCGCAAGUUAAAUUAACAAUCAGCAUCAGCGCCUUUCUUCAACCUAAUUUAACUGUCAGUUUAACCAAAAUGGAGUUAAUUAUUUUUAUUAUAAUUUUCAUGUAUUGAAAUCCAUUGCUUCAGAAUCAACUCUGCUUUCAAAUUUCAACUCUCACUUUCCGACCUCCUCACCCUCCCCAGAUAAGGAGUGAAUAAAAAUGUGUUUCCUGCA